CUUUCGUUUUUCCUCUGCCCUGCUCCACCCGUUCCUUCCUCCUGAGAAGCAUCCACUUUUAGUUUGAAUGAAGCUCCCGUCAAGAACACUGCCCGCCAUCGAGAGAACCAUCCGCCAUUCGAAUCUUUCCCACCCUUCCUGCCCCGCUCCCCAUCCAAGGCUCACCACUUCUUUUUCUUGUGCGCGUUUUUAUUUGUCCUCUCCCUCUUUUACUUCUUCUUCUUCACUUCUUCACUCCCCUCCAGCCCCACCCUCGAUCGCACCCAGCUCCUCCAGGUGCAUCUUCUCGACCGCGCCUCAUUCAGGAUUCCUCCUUGCUCUUCGCGCUCUCAAGCCCUCGUUCUCUCUCCCGACCCGGGCUCGUUUUUUCUCCUCUUCUCCUGCCACUUUAACCAACACCAAGACUACCGCCACCAACUCUACUGUCACAAUGGCCAAGGUUAUCGACGGAAAGGCAAUUGCCCAGCACCUCCGCAACGACAUCAAGUCGCAAAUCGAGGAGAUGCGCAAGACUGCACCAAACUUCAACCCAAAGCUGUCGAUCAUCCAGGUUGGAGCACGCGAGGAUUCAAGCGUGUAUGUCAACAUGAAGAAGAAGGCUGCUAAGGAGGCUGGCAUGGACUUCGAGCUCUUCCACUUACCUCCCACCAUCACUCAGUACGAGUUGCUGGCCAAGGUUCAGGCCCUGAACAAUGACCCCAAGGUGCACGGAAUCCUCGUUCAGCUCCCUCUUCCCGACCACUUGGACGACAGAAUGGUCACGGAGGCAAUUAACCCUAAGAAGGACGUUGACGGUUUCCAUGCCAUUAACAUUGGUCAUCUCUCCAAGCGUGCCUCUGAGCCGGCUUUCGUCCCCUGCACGCCCAAGGGUGUCAUUGAACUCAUCAAGUCGACCGGCAUUACCAUGUCUGGCAAGAAGGCCGUCGUCGUUGGACGCAGUGACAUUGUCGGUACCCCUGUGUUCAGCUUGUUGACCAAAAACAACUGCACUGUCACGCUGUGUCACUCCAAGACCCAGAACUUGCCUGAGAUCGUCAAGGCGGCUGAUAUUGUUGUCGUUGCUAUCGGAAGCGCUGAGUUUGUCAAGGGCGAAUGGAUCAAGGAGGGGGCUGUGGUCAUAGACGUGGGAACCAACGCCGUCGAGGAUUCAACCAAGAAGUCUGGGAUCCGCUGGGUUGGGGAUGUCGAGUACAAUGUUGCUUCUCAGCAUGCUAGCCAUAUCACUCCUGUUCCUGGCGGAGUUGGACCCAUGACUGUCGCCAUGUUGAUGCAGAACACGUACCUCUCUGCUGUGCGCUUCUUUAAUGAGGGACGUCAGCGCACGAUCAACCCUCUUCCAUUGCAGCUUUUGGACCCCGUCCCCAGUGACAUCGCCAUUGCUUUGGCUCAGAAACCCAAGCCUAUCAAGUACAUUGCAGAAGAGCUGGGACUCUUGCCCAGUGAGCUGGAGCUGUAUGGCGAGUACAAGGCCAAGGUCAACUUGGACAUUUUGGAUCGCCUCUCUCACCGCAAGAACGGCCGCUAUGUGGUUGUCACUGGAAUCACUCCAACCCCCUUGGGUGAAGGAAAGUCGACCACGACCGUUGGUUUGGUUCAGGCAUUGGGCGCUCACCUGAAUAAGAUUGCCUUCGGAUGCGUCCGUCAGCCCUCUCAGGGUCCCACAUUCGGCAUCAAGGGUGGUGCUGCUGGAGGUGGAUACUCUCAGGUUAUUCCCAUGGACGAGUUCAAUCUACACUUGACAGGAGAUAUCCACGCGGUAACUGCCGCCAACAACUUGCUUGCUGCUGCAAUUGAUGCACGUAUGUUCCACGAGAAGACCCAAUCGGACAAGGCUCUUUUCAGUCGUCUGUGCCCGGUUAAGAAGGGCAAGAAGGUCUUUGCUCCUGUCAUGCUGGGCCGUCUGCAGCGUUUGGGCAUCAACAAGACCGAUCCUUCGGAUUUGACACCGGAGGAAGUGUCACGCUUUGCCCGUUUGGAUAUCAACCCCGACACAAUCACUUGGCAACGCGUCAUGGAUACCAACGAUCGCUUCCUGCGCAGGAUCGAGAUCGGAAGGAAUGAUACCGAAGCUGGCCAUGAGCGUAUGACUGGAUUCGAUAUUGCUGUUGCUUCCGAAGUUAUGGCCGUCUUGGCUCUCAGCACCGACCUCAAGGAUAUGCGUGAACGUUUGGGCAAGAUGGUGGUUGCAAGCAGCAGAGCUGGCGAUCCAGUCACUGCCGAUGAUAUCGGCAUCGGUGGAGCAUUGACUGUUUUGAUGAAGGAUGCGAUCAAACCUAACGUGAUGCAGACGCUCGAGGGCACUCCUAUGUUUGUCCAUGCUGGUCCUUUUGCCAACAUUGCUCAUGGCAACUCGUCCAUCAUUGCCGACCGCAUCGCGCUCAAGUUGGCUGGUAUUGAACCCGGCGAGGAUGAGGAUAAGAUGGGCUAUGUCGUGACCGAGGCAGGAUUCGGAGCUGAUAUUGGAAUGGAGAAGUUCUUUGACAUCAAGUGCCGUACCAGUGGGUUGGUCCCUGAUUGUGCUGUCCUGGUUGCGACUGUGAAGGCGCUGAAGAUGCACGGUGGUGGACCUGAGGUCACUCCUGGCAAGCCCCUGCCCGAGGUUUACAACACGGAGAACUUGGAGCUGUUGGAGACAGGAUGCGACAACUUGAGGAAACACAUUGAGAAUGCCAAGAAGUUUGGUGUCCCUGUCGUAGUGGCGAUUAACCGAUUCACAACGGACACAGAUGCGGAGAUGUCUUUGAUCCGCAAGAUCGCAUUGGAGGCUGGUGCGGAUGAUGCGGUCGCUUGCGAGAACUGGGCUAAGGGCGGUCUCGGCGCUAUGGAUCUCGGAGAGGCGGUUAUCAAGGCAUGCAGCAAGCCAAUUGAUUUCAAGUAUCUAUACGAUGUGAGCGCAGAUAUCGAGUCGAAGAUUGAGACGAUUGCCAAGGAGAUGUACGGUGCUGAUGGUAUUGAGCUUUCAGACCUUGCCAAGGAGAAGAUUGCCACCUAUACCCGUCAGGGCUUUGGCAAUUUGCCAAUCUGUAUGGCCAAGACGCACUUGUCACUGUCGCACGAUCCUAAGCUGAAGAACCGCCCAUCAGGGUUCAAGAUUCCUAUUCGUGAUAUCCGCGCAUCUGUGGGAGCAGGGUUCCUGUACCCAUUGUGCGGUGCUAUGCAGACGAUGCCUGGAUUGCCAACUCGUCCUUGCUUCUAUGAUGUCGACAUUGACUUUGAGACCGGCAACGUCGUCGGCCUGUUUUAAAUAAGCAAUCAGGCACGGAAGGAGAUAUGUUUUCCAGGGGAUGCAAAGAAAAUAAAUGAAAACUGCCGAUCGGAAUCUUAAGAUGUUUUAGCAUUCGAAUAAAACCGAGGAAUAUCUGUUCUCACACUGUGUUAUUGUUGCAUUUUUGCAUGGAGUGCUGUGUUAAUGCAAUAAAAGAAGGAUUUUUUUUCCUCCGAAUUCGCUGCUCGCAAUCUCCU